ACCGCGACCGCUGCCCGCUGAGAUGUCGUACUUCCUCCCUCACCUACCCUCUGGCUGGCACGUCGAUGAAGCCAUCAAAUCGGAAGAGGAUCGAGUCGUCGUCAUCCGGUUCGGCCACGACUGGGAUCCCCAGUGCAUGACCAUGGACGAGACGCUCUACUCCGUCGCGGAGAAGGUGCAGAACUUCGCUGUGAUCUAUCUCUGCGAUAUAACGGAAGUUCCGGACUUCAACAAGAUGUACGAACUUUACGACCCUUGCACUGUCAUGUUCUUCUACCGUAAUAAGCAUAUAAUGAUUGAUCUCGGUACCGGUAACAACAACAAGAUUAAUUGGGCCAUGGAUAACAAACAGGAGCUGAUUGACAUCAUUGAGACCGUCUAUCGCGGGGCCUCCAAGGGUCGUGGUCUUGUGGUCUCACCCAAAGACUACUCAACCCGCUACCGAUACUAAUGAACGGCUUAUCUGGCGUUUUCAUACUGUCAGCUGUAUCAUAUUCCAGGCAUGCUCAAUCAAGCAGCGUUCUUCGACGCUUCUCCAUGAUUGUGUUCGUUACUAUGGACCCACCCCUAAUGCAACAUUCACCCCUAAUGCAACAUUGACCUAAAC